AUGUAUGAUGGCGCAGCCGGAAGCGGCGGAGGCAGUAGCAGCAGCGGCGGCCACAUGGAACCCAACAUGGCCGGCGCCGGAGCAGGCGGAGCAGGUGGUGGCCAACCGCUCGCUCGCAUCCACAGCGGUGGACCGACCAGAGCACCGGCCUCUACUCUCGACUCGUUUAUCACGCGUCUGCUAGUCGUCACAAAGCAGUUGCUACAAGGGUUGGAUCAGUGGUCACAGGGCAUGUUGUCCGAGGAGGAUGUCAGCGAUAUCUAUGUCCGGCUCGGUAACGGCUUUGAGCUGUGUGUCGCUGCGUUCCGACGGGUCGGCAUAUCCACAGCCGACCUCGACUCUGUCCCCCGCGACCUACGCGAGAUUCUCGAGCGUGCCCUCGCCGAGGAGCCCUCGCAGGACACGCUCAACCUGUACCUCCCGGACAUUCGCGCCAUCAUCUUCAACCUGCUCAGCGGCCUCAAGAACAAGCAAAUCUCGUACAAGCGGUUGCUGGCCGACAGGCAACAGUCCGACCCAAUGCCUGCACCGACUCCAAGCAGACCCCCUCGUGCGCUUUCGAGUUCUACGAUCGCGUCUGCCGAGGGACAUGUGAGCCCGUCAUCCAUCUCGUCCCAGCUCCCGCCCGGCGGUCCCCGACCACCAUCGGCGACUGCGCUCGCCGAGAGGAGCCAGCACCGCUCAGCAGGUCCGCGUCCUGCUCCCCCAGACGCGUUCCGCCCCACGCGCACACGCUCCGGCGAGAGCUCGAGGCAGGACACGCACUCGUCAAUCUCGUCGCAGCUAUCCUCGCCCGUCGACCCGAGACGUAUCCCACAGCCACCCCCAGUAGCAAGCACGGCCCCGCCAGUGCCUACUGCCGGACCUAGCCGUACCGCUCGUCACCCCGACCGCGUCAGCCGCGACAGCUUUGGUAAUGUCACCGUCACAUCCCGCUUCUCAGCAGAUUCGGACAUGUCAGCGGGCUCGACCAGGACUCCAGCAGCCGCAGCUGCUGCAGCAGCCGCAGCAGCUCCGGCUCCGGCUCCGGCUCCGGCACCGACAAUCGUGACUGUCCCCUCCCCAAUCCCGGAAGCGCCAGCCGCGGCAGGUGGCAGGUCGCCCAGUAAGGACGACGACUACUUCUCCCCGUUGUCUGCCACCAAGGAAGACCCCUUCAUCCCGCCAACCACUGUCACCCCGCCUGACCAGAUCCAGCGCGCGCCAGUCGUGCCGGUUCUCAAUGUCCCUGGGGGUGGUAGCAGCGACUCGUCGCCGCCUCUUGCCUCCACACCCGUCAACGACCAUGCCGUGCGUCAGUCUCUGACCCGCCUGCAAAAGUCGGACGCACUGGAGAGGCGAGCGUCCAAGCGUUUCUCGAGCUACACGUUCAACAAGAUGUUGCCCGGGUCGCCCAGUGGAAACCGCAAGAGUACGCAGAACGGCAGCCCGCAACGGCCCAGUCGCCGAUCGGACCGUCUGCCGCCCAUGCCUGCGGUGCCAGAGGACGGCGCGCGAGCCACCCCUCCCGACAUGUCUGUGGGUGAUAGUACCGCGCUGUCAGUGUACGCGCCGACCGCUCCGUCGUCGCCCACGGCCAGUAACCGGACCAUGGAGGAGAUUCCCAUCUCGGGCACUGGAGCACCCACGGCCAGCCCUGCGGGUCUGGGUCUCAACAUGGACAUGGGCGAUGCCUCGGCCAUUACGCGUCAAGAGUCCAACACUUCCGGUGUGGCUCUUGGUGCCCCCGCAAGCGUAUCGCCCCCGCCGACGUCGCUCUCCGCGUUCCUCCAGCUCGGCCGUCAAGUGAAAAAGGCCACCAUCGAGCUGCCCCUGACCAUGUCUGCGCUCAGACUGCUGUUCAUGGAGCGCUUCGAGUAUGAUCCUGGAAUGGAGGAUUUCCCCGACGUCUACAUUCGCGACAACCGCACAGGUGUCCAGUAUGAGCUGGAGGAUAUGGACGACGUCAGGGAAGGUGUUGUGUUGACUCUGGAUAUUGAGCCCUUGGACCAGGUCAAGCAGCACUUUGACCUUACUUUUGCUACCCUCGCGCAAGAGAUCAAGGACCUCAAGUCGGCGUUCACGGCCCCGCGCCGCCAAUCGAUGCAGGUACCCGCCGCUUCACUGCUGAGUGUCUCUGCAUCGGUGCCCAACCUGGCGGUUCCGGCCCCCGCUAUUCGAGUUGCUGUCCCCGAGCCUGUUGUUGUCCCCGAGCCCCCGCGUCCUGCCCCCCAGCGCACUGCCUCGGGAUCGACCAUUAUCGCCCCAACAACCGACCUGCGCAGGCACCACGACGAGGUGCAGAGCUUGCGCCGCGACCUGGCCAUUAUGCGCCAGCUGCACCUGGAUUUCCUCAGCCAGACGAAAGAGUCGUUCAACGCCCUGCGAGCGCAAAACUCGUCCAUGCGCGAGGUUGUCAAUACCAAAAUGGGCGGAAGCCGUGCGCUGCUCGACAACAGCAAGGCCAAGCUCGAGGGCCAGUGCCAGGACACGAUCCAGUCGGUCGAGGAGGUUUCGGACAUUAUUGACGGCGCGCGCGAGGACGCGCUUCGUCGCGGUAUCACGCCCUCGCGCACCAAGAUGGACAAGAUUCGCGCCGACCUGUCCAAGGCGACCAACUAUGUCGAGAUCUUUGCGUCGGACGUGACGCUGGCCGAGCCGACAUGGCGCGCCACGUGGCUCUCCGAGCUCCAGCGCGUGACCGAGGAACAGCGCCUCCUGGCGUACCAGAACAAGCUCGCUACCGACCUCAAGAACGACAUCAAGGACGCGACAGACAUGCUGGACAAUGUCCAGGCGUUUGUCGAGCAGCGACAGGCCGGCGGCGGCGCCAAGAAGGGCUUCCGCCCGCCGUCGCCUGACGAAGGGGCCGGCGGCAUGUCCAACCUCCUCAUGGAGAUCCGCACCAAGGAAUCCGACCCGACGCAGCGUCUCCGCGCCAUUGAAGAGCAGCAGCGCGCGCGGGAAAAGGACCUGGCGAACCGCACGGACGACUUUCAGAACGAGCUCUCGGGCUUUGUCGAGGGCAAAAAGCUGCGCAAGACGGGCGGGACGGACGAGGCGGACCGUGUCCGUCAGAGGCGCCAGGAUAUCACCAUCAAGCGCAUGUUGACGGGCGACGCGCCCGGGUCCCCGCCCAGUGUGGUAUCGCCCCAAGUCACGGGACUCAGCCUGCGCGAUUAG